AUGAACACGUCGUCGGUCGCCGCGCCCCAACAGCAGCAACAAGGGCAACCGCCGCAGCAGCAGCAGCAACAACAACAUCAACAACGUCAAUUCUACGGAGGAGUAAGUGCAUCUUUUCAAAGUUAUUAUGUCCGCCUUUCGGUUAUAAACUCUAAUCUCAAGACCAUAAUUCCAAAUCCUUAACAUUCAAAAUUGACUAAAUUUCACUUCUCCUUCCUAUUACAUACAGAUUAUCCUUAUCGUUUGCCUUUCAGCGUCCGCAGAACCACAUGAGAGGCAGUGGUCCUUUUGGAAACAGCAACGGCUACGGCCGUUACACUGCGCCGCGUGACGGAAACCAGCACCACGACUCGACGCCAUUGAGCUCGGUGAGUUCGCGACGAACUUUUCCCACUUCACAACAACGCUCCUCGAAUUUCGGAACUCCCAGUUCUGUACGACCACCCCCUUUUGUGCCUUCAUCGUCCUAUCUAUGUCCUCAUUUUUCAGACCAAUCUCUACAUUCGCGGUCUGGCCCCGAACACCAAUGAUGACACUCUUCGUGACAUGUGCUCGAAGUAUGGAAACAUCGCGUCCACAAAGGCCAUCAUGGACAAGGCCACCAACAACUGCAAAGGAUACGGAUUCGUUGAUUUCGAGUCGCCCCAAGCCGCUGCUGCUGCCGUCGAUGGACUGAAUACAGAGGGAGUUCAAGCCCAGAUGGCCAAGCUGCAACAACAAGAGCAGGACCCGACCAAUCUCUACAUCGCCAAUCUUCCAUUAGACUUCACCGAACAGAUGCUCGAGACUGAGCUCAACAAAUACGGAAUGGUCAUCUCGACCCGUAUUCUCCGUACUCCGGAUAAUCAGUCUCGCGGAGUUGGCUUCGCUCGCAUGGAUUCGAAAGAAAAGUGCGAAGUGAUCAUCUCUGCUCUGAACGGAGGUCGCUUCGAGACCAUGACCAAGGAAGGCCCAGCCCUUCUCAUCAAGCAAGCCGACACCGGCAGGAAGAGUAAGGUUGGUGGCCGCCAUCCCUCCUUUCACCAGUUUAGCUCUCUGGGCGGACCGUCGGCGUUUUUGAAUGGCCAGGUAGGAUUUCAGACUAUUAGAACUCGAAUCAUGUCCGCCCGGAGACUUGCUGAUUUCUUCGCUUCCCUCGCUUCUCCAUGUACUAAAUAUUCUGUUUCAGCACGCCAUGGGAAACCAGGACAUGCUCCAGAGAAUGCAGUACCCGCAGGUCUACCAGUCGUACUACGGAUACCACCCGGCUGCCGUCUACCAUCAACAGUACGAUGUCAACUCGUUGGCUUCGCAGAUGGGCGGUAUGCAUGUCGGAGGAGGAAACCCGCAGGCGAACGGCGGCGGUGACAUGUACGGAGCUCACAUGUACGGUGGACAGAACGCCGGUGGCCAAGGAGUACAGGCCGGAGGACAAGGUGGCCAAGGAGGCAACCAACAACAGUACUACAACAUGAACCCGAACAACGGACGCAACAAAAAGGUGUGUGGCGUUCCGUAGUCUAGGAUCCACGUGAUCACCGUCGUAAUCAGAACUGUAGCAGAAUCCUAAAAUUUAGUAUUUCCAGCAAAUUCCGCAGUAA